AUGGCCCGCGGCUCCAGUGUGCGCAGUGGGGACCGUGUCAACACGGGGCAGGCCACCGGCCACGCCGCGUCGGAGGCGGCGGCGGGCGGCGCCGCGGCGCUGCGACAUUCGGAGGAGGAGCUGCAGGUGCUGCGCGCGCAGCAGGCCCUCAGCCCGCGAGCGGCGGCGCGGCGAGGACCGAGGAUGGGAGUCGGCGGGGGGUCCGAGGAGGAGCGCUGGCGGCACGCACGGCAGGCCACGCCGACGGCCAGCCCGCCGGCGGCCCCGAGCGUGGAGGAGCCGCAGCGGCCGCCGGAGCCCUUCGAGCUCCACGCGCCAGCCCUGGAGGAGGCCAUGGGCAGGCUGCACGUGCUGCGGGAGCGCAUGGGGCUGCUGCAGGAUCAGUACUCUCAUAUGAAGGGCGAGCUCGCGUCGGUGGCGGAGGGGCAGCGGCAGCUGGAGGCCGCGCAGUGCUCCCUGGUCGGCGUGGGCGGCACCCUGGACCCAGAGCCGGAGGGGCUCGGGCGCACUCCCGACCUGGCCAACUCGCGUGGCGUCGACCUGGAGAUGGAGAAGGCCUUGUUGGCAGAAAUCGAGGAGGUGCUGGGGAGCAGCCACCGCAAGGCAACAGAGGGCCGCCUCGGCCGCAUCGAGGCCAUCUUGCGAACAACCUACAAUGCACUUCCCAAGAACGCACAGGGCCGCCUUGAAGACUCUGCCGUGCGUUACGCCAUGCACAGGUUGUUCGUCCAACGCCACGCUUGGUUCGUGCAGGGCCUCGACCCGGUGGGGGAGUCGUGGAACACUUCGUUAUCCUCGGUCAUCAUGCAGGACCAACUGCCUGCAUACGUGCUGAGCCUCUUCGAGAGACGCAUUGGCCACAGCGGUUUCGAUCUGCACGAGCUCGCGGUGAUGGCAGCCACGUUCGAGAACCUGGUGCAUGCCGAGGCGCUCGGGCGGCUGGAGCACACAUACAGGGCGCUCCUCCGCUCCACCAAAGACCCGCUGAGCAGGGAGGAGGCGCUCGAGGUGACGCAGUCGUACAUGGCCAUGUAUGUGCUGGGCAUGAACUUCAGUUCCACGAAUCGGGAGGAACUGGUAUCACAGCGUGACACGAUUCUGGAGGUCUACCCCAGUUGGCCGGCCACGCAGAAGUUCCUGCUUGAUGUGUACGAGGCGACAGCCCCAAAGCGAGACGAGUUGGCUUUCGAGAGUAUCGCCACCGUUAUCGAGGAGAUUGGCGAGCGGUACGGGCGGUGGCAGGAUCACGAGUGUCAGUCAUUGAAGGCUGAGCUGCUCAAGAGGGAAGACGGCGACAGCGGCCGGGUGCGGUUGGCAGACUUCUACGGUGGCGCCCUGGACGGGGGCCACUGGCAGUUCAGCGAGAGCGUCCAGUAUUUGCGCCAGCUCGGCGCGCUGGACGAGAGCGACCCGGCCAACCUGCGCGUGAUCGUCCCCAACUAUAUCCAGAGUCCUUCCAAUUGCGUGGCGUCCUCCAGAUAUUAUUCCGUGUGCUGCAUGGACGAGUGCGAGGAGAUCAUGCGCCAUGUGGAGGACAGGGUUGGCGCGCCCGAAGCGAGCGCCGCUGAGCUCGCGGCGGUCGUCGAGUCUCUCCCCUCCAACACGUCUUCGGCCGAGCGCAGGACCUUGUCGCCGACUCUCCGGCAGAAGCUCCAGGAGGUCGCGGAGCACCACGGGGGGCGCGUCCCUCUGCACGGGCGGCUGUUCACGCAGUGGAUGCACUACGCCCAUCCGAGGGAGUGCCAGUACCCUCACACCAGCGGCACGACGGCCCCGAUGAGGGCAGAAGAUUGGUAUGCCAAGACUGGCUUGGACCCUUCCGUGUCUGCGGACGAGAUGAGGGCGCACGCCGCCGUCUCCAACAAGUGGCCCAACAGCAAGGAGGGCCACGGCGGCGAGCGCACCGCGGUGAGCAUGUGGACAAUGGACGAGGAGCUGAUCGUCAGCCGACCGACGCCGCAGGCAGUGCCAGCGCGCUCUUCACCGCUUCGAGGCGUGAUUUUCUUGGCCACCAUCGCUUCUGGGGCGAUUGCGCUGUGGCAAACCAUGAGCUCAGCGGCGGAGAAGGCGCCCCAGCUACUGCUGCCCAAGUACAACCAGAAGCUCAAGGUGUGA